AUGCUUAGCAAUGUAGAGUUACUUCCUAUGUAUUUAUUAUCAGAUGCUAUGGAUUGUACAAAGAUUAUUUCAACAAAGGAAGAUAUUAAUUCACAUGAUUAUCAAUCAAAUAGUUAUAGUAGUGAUCAAGAACCUAGUCUUGAUGAUUAUGUUAUUGUAUCAUCUUCCGAAUCAAUAAUUAGUAUUGAGAAUAAUAAUUCUGAAGAAAAAAUUUUGGUAGAAGAAGAAGAAGAAGAAGAAGUAGAUGAUUUAGAUUAUUUUGCUCAAUUUAGUUUUCCAGAUGAUGAUAGUGAUUAUGAUUUAGAAUAUGUUUAUAACAAUGAUAAUAAUGAUGAUAUAUAUAUAAAUAAUCAUCUUAAUCGAAAACAAUUAUCUUUAGCUAAUCAAUUUGAAGAAACAAAUUAUCAACGUUCAAAACGUUCAAAUAAAAAAAUCAAUGCACGUUGUCAGAUUAAAACAAAACAUGCUAAAACUAUUAAAAUUAAAUCACAUAAUAAACAAUUAUAUAUGCAUCAUCGAUUAAUUAAACGUGUUAAACUUGAUGAACCAAGUCGAAAUUAUUUAUCAUCAAAUUCAUCAACUCCAUUACAUUCAUCUGAAACUUUACGCUCUUUAGCUUAUGAAGCUCGUCAUCCUGAAAUAUUUUCUAAUGAUCAAAAACAAAAACCAAUUCAUAAUAAUAAUAAUAAUAAUACGUCUAAUGUUUCACAUCAAUUUCGAGAAUAUACAAUCAAUGAACAUAAUCUUCUACAUGAUCCAUCUUUUGAUGAUGCUAUGAUUAAUUUUCUUCUUGACAUGCAAAAUCGUGAUCUUUCUCCGAAUGAUUAUGAAAUGUUAUUAAGACUUGAUGAACGUGUACAACGUAAAACAGUUGAUGUACAUAUUCUAGAUAAAUUUCCAACAUUGGAUGUUAGUGACAUACAUUUAAAUGAUCAAUGUACAAUAUGUAUGGAAACAUUUACUCUUAAACAAAAACUUAAAUCAUUACCAUGUACACAUAUAUUUCAUGUCCAUUGUAUUGAAACAUAUUUAAAAGAAUUUUCUACACAGUGUCCUUUAGACAAUCUACCGUUAAUAUGA